CCGUAGGGUGAAACUUUUCGCAUUGUCCAACAAUUCCAUCAAUCACGAUUUGAUCUAUCUUGAGAAACAAUCUUGCUAUUUCAAUCUUGACAUCCGAUCAAUCCUGACAUAGAUCAUUGCUCCUUAUUUCAACGCUUGAUCUUACCUUUGAUCGUGUCAUUGAUCUAUUGCUUACUGACUAUUCACCAAGACCAUUCACCAAGACCUUUUUUUUCUCAUUCAGCCCUAAUUGAUAUCUCAUCCUAACCACUCGACAUGGCUGGGUUUUUCAAGAAGAAUAAGAAAAAGAGCAAGGACGUUUCCGCGAGCCCCGACUCGUCGCCCGUACGUGUGCCCGACUCGCGCAGGCUCGACCCAAGUUUCGUGCAGCCUGUCCAGCGUAUGUACAGUGAAACUUCCCAGAGCUCUAUCCAGCCGUCGCUCGGCCAGAGAUCUGUCGCCUCCCGUGACGACCAGAGCUACCCGCCGCAGCAACGCCACUCGAUAAACCCGCACCCCCAGCCACCGCAGCAUGGCCAGCUGAACCGCGCGCUGUACCAGCAACAAGGCUACGCCCCGGGACAAUACCAAGGGAAGAGUCCAGGUCAGCACCAGGGACAGCACCAGGGACAGCACCAGGGACAACACCAGGGACAGCACCAGGGACAGCACCAAGGGCAGCAGUUCCAGAACCAAGUCCAUCAGGGACAGCAGUCCCAGGGACAACAGUUACAAGGCCAGUUACAAGGACCAAAUCAGGCGUACGGGCAGCGCGAUUCGAACCGCGAGUAUGACUCAAACUACGACGCGCGCUCUCCAGCCCAGACCGCCGCACGCGCGCCGUCGUUGACUUCGUCUUCCGCGUCAACUUCGCCAUCCACUCCGUGGUCCGCAAAGACCCUUGCCAACUCCCCCUUCCCCCGCUACCGCUUUGUCCACUCGGCCGUCACCAACGGCACUGCAGUUUUCAUCAAUGGCGGGCUCCGCGACGAUUCGGUCUUUGGCUGCACGUGGUCGCUUGCGCCUGUGGGUGGCGAAUACGUCGCGACCGAGUUGCAGUGUCCGCCGGGCACGGGCCCACUGCCGCGUGUCGCCCACUGCGCCGUGCUUGUGGGUAACGCGUUCAUCAUUUUCGGCGGUGACACGACGCCACUCCCAAACGGCGAGCUCGACAAUGAGCUCUACUUCUUCAAUACGUCGCUGGGCCGUUACUUUAUCCCCAGCCACGUGUAUAACAAGCCACAAGGCCGCUAUGGCUCCACCCUCUGCUGUGUCGCCACGCAAAACACCGGCUCGCGCUUGUAUUUGUACGGUGGGCAGCUCGACAACAAUCUCUUCGAUACGCUAUACGCGUUUGACCUUGCGAGUUUCAAGGCGCCAAACGCGGCGUGGGAGCUCGUUGAGCCGAAUGUGGAUAGCCAUACUCGUGCACGUGCACCACCGUUGGCAGACCACACGAUGUGCGUAUUCGACCUGCGGCUCUACAUCUUCGGGGGGAUGUCUCCCACCGGACUCUCGAACGCGCUCUGGUGCUUUGACCCAGCGACUGCCGCCUGGACGCAGCUCGCCGCGCACGGCGCGGUGCCACCGCCGUUGCACCUCCACACCGCCACGGUCGUGGGCAACACGAUGUUUGUUUACGGGGGUGAGACAGAGGCGGGCAGCCUUGCCGAGAUGUACUCGUGCGACUUGUUCCUGGGCUUGUGGAGCCGGUUAUCGAAUGGGUUGGCUGGCGAACCGCCGUUGAGCGACGGCGGUAUGGGGAUUUGUUUCGUGGGGAGCACGGGCAAGUUGGUUGUGUUCGGUGGCGCGGGUGACUUUGUGUAUGAGCUAGACAUGGCCACGUGCGGGAGAUUUUUCAGCUCCAAGGCGGAGGUGAGCGGCGUGGCUAACGGCCAGGAUAGCAUCCAAGCGAGACAGCUUGGGGCAAGCCCAGGCCAGGUCAACAACCAGUCGAGACGGCCCGAGUAUCCAGAGGCCGUCCGGAUGGGCUCCAACUCUCAGAGCCUUCCACCACAGAGCCCGCCACCGGCGACGUACGGCCUGCCGUUCCCUAACCAAGCACCCCACCGCUACGAACACCAGCGAACGACCUCAGCGGUUGACCACAGCGAUAUGACGAGCGACUCGCCGCUUGCGUCGAUUAUCAAUUCCGUAGCGAACGAGAGCCGCGAGAGUUUGAGCCACCUGUUCCGCCAAAAGGCCGCGAGCCGCGAGGCUAGCAGGGCUAAUGGAAGAGAGGUGGGGCUUGCGAGAGAGAUUUCUGGGGUAUCGGAUGACUCGGUCAUGUACCGCCCGGUGGUAAGCCACGAGGCGAUUGACCGGGUUAGAAAUGAGGCCAGCGGUCAGGCUAACCCCGGCAACCUCGCCACUGGCUCUAGCCCGAACGAUGAAGACACCCUCAACGACCUCUACACCAAGUUCGGCGCCUCGCCCGUGACGUCUUCGUUCCCAUCCAAGGAGGCAAAGGCGAACCGCUAUUCAGCCUUCCAACCUCUCGAGUCGUCGACACAGAUCUACGACGACGACGAAGCGAGACAGCCUACCUUUGAUGGUCAAGGGGAUCUCUCGGGUGAGAAAUACCUCGCCUCACCGGAAAAGUACGAUGAUCUCGUCUCUCCUGAAAAGUACGACGGCUCGCCGGAAAAGUACAGCGACAUGAACUCUGUUGACCCGCGCUUCAGCUACAAUGCAUCGUUCCGUGGGGCCGAGAAGAUUGACGUUGCCAAGGAGGAGGCCCAGUACGUCAGCGACCGCUCGCUUGUAGAUCCGGAAGGAUCCCAGGCGGACGACAGGGACGCCGAAAUCUCUCAGACGAUUCGGAGAGCCAGGGAAGCCGAGUUGGGAAAUAAGCCCCAGGAUGAAGAAGAGCCACUGGCGAAGAGUUCUGAGUUCCCGGAGCCGGUCAUGGAUUCUCAGGCUGGAGACGCCCACGCCCCUGCCUUCGCGACGGCCGUUGCGGGUAGUGGCUCUUCAAGUGGUCGUUCUGAUUCGCUCUCGGGCUUGAAGCUGGUGGUGGCGGGCGCAAGCGGUGGAUUGGCAGGAGGAAUCGCUGGGAUCCUUGCGGCGCAUCCGAGUAAUGGUGAUGUGCGUGUGCUCCAGACCCCGACGAGCUCCUCGUUCUUCGACAGCAGUGCGAGCGGGGCGUCGUCUAACUACGCGGAGAUUGUGAGUCCGAACACUGUUGGAUCUCCUGUUAGGGUUCCAAGCAUCGGCAAGGUCCAGAGGAAAGAGACACAAUUCGGUCCCCGUCUUUCCGACGUAGAUCCGGUCCCUCCUUCUGGGUUUGAAUCCGUGGAGACGAUGGCGGCGCCGGUCUCUGAGAGAUAUAGAACGAUGGGCGGCUCUGUUGACAGUGACGGUACUCUUGAGGCCACUGAUCCUAGCGUGAGAUCCGUUGGAAGGCCGAUCCUUCUUUCCGAAAAAUCAGAGGAUGAAAGAUAUGUGGAUGUUGAAGGGUUUGAUCAAAGAUUUGACAGUUCUGUGGAGGAAAUUUCUGAAAAUGUUAACGGGUCUCUUGGGAAGCAUGUUGGGAAUGGCUCCCAGGAUGUGCGCGCUUCCGAGAGGGGCUUAAGUGCUUCUACGAACGACAAUACUUCUAAGGAGGCUAAUACAUCCAAGACUGCCUCCGAUGUGUCCAAGGACGUUACGAAUAUAUCCAACCAUACUGCCGUUGCCUCUGCUCUUAGAGAUGAAGCUUUGCACGGAAAUAUUUCUAAGGAUGCCUCUGGAAACAUUUCUAGGGACGCCUCAACUGGUAAAGACAAUCUUUCUAAGGACCUUACCUUGGAUAACGAUGCUUUCACGGGCACCUCUGUGAACAAUGCUCGUUUCAAUGGCAUUUCUUUCAGCAAUGAUGAUGCCUCCGGUACUAGUAUUGAUAAGGAAAAUGUCAAACGCCUUGUUUCCUCCAUCACGACCGAACUCACCACCCUCAAAGCCUCUGCGCACCAGCAGAUGCGCGACGCCCUGAUGCGCAUCGCACACCUUGAAGACGAAAACCGCGAGCUCAAGAGCUUCCACGAAGAUGCUUCUUCGUCUUUCCUCCCAGCCGAGCUCCAGGACAAAGACGCGAUUAUUGCGGAUCUCAGAACACAGUUGGCUAGUGUUUCCGGUCGGCUUGCCCAAUCGUCAGAACAACCCCAAGAAGAAACCAGGGAGGUGGAGGCAAGUCAACUCGAUGGUUUGCGAAAGCUUAAUGAUGUGGUGAAGGCCCAGCAAGCGACCAUCGUUGAGGUGAAGGCAAUGGUCCGGGACCAGACGGAGCUUGAGCGGGAGUUGCUCGACUGGAAACUGAAGUAUGAGGCCCUUCAGGUGGAUUAUAACGUGUUGAAGGCGGAUGGACAGGAAGAUAGCAAAGGGGUGGUGGUGAGUUUGACGGCCAAGGUGGACCAAAUUCUUGAAAAGUGGAACGAACCGUCUUCCAGAGACAUCUCGCAAGGUUUGCAGUCGCAGAUCGCAGAGCUCACCCAGCUCAACAAGGACAAAGAUGCCACAGCCCAGCAGACGAUUGAGGACCUUUCUGAGCACAAGCGUCAGCUCGCAGAGCUCCAGACGAGCCACCAGACGCUCCAGACGCAGCUUGUUUCUCUGAAGAAGUUUGAAGAUAGCUACAGAGAAGCUCUUAACUCUGUGAAGAACACGUCCCGUGCGUUGAACGUGACUCAGGACGAGCUCCAGAAGCAGCGCGAGUCGAACAAGAAGCUUGCUAAGGAGAUGGACUUGCUUCGUUUCCGCACUCAUCGCAACAACUCACGUGUGAACACACCGUCCAACAGCGGGUUGGGUUUUGAUAAUAGCGAUGUGUUGGAUCUGUCGCUUAGGGGGGUCAACGAGGACCAUUUGUUGCUUAGUGAUGAGGAAGGGACCUUGGAGACGGCACAUUAUGAUAUGAAGAUUACUGAUUUGGAGGCGGAUUUGAUUAUUGUUCAGCAGGAGCGUGACCAGUUGAAGAGUGAGGUGGUGGCGUUGAAGAAGCAGGUGAUGGCUAUGAGCAAGUAGUGUAUAAUAGUUUAUUUAGUGAUUUGAUUAUUG